AUGACGGUCAAAGCUUCAGUACUGGGAGAUGGUGAAGUCAUGGGAAACCGGGGUCACUCAGGGCGAGGGACUGCCCCCGAGCGAGCUGGGCUGCAGGUGCUCGGAGGAAAGUCAGAUCUUAUGAGCGCUCCUGGUUAUCUCCGCGGCUCUUUCUCCAGGAAAAUAAUCCUGGCACCAUCACUCAGGAGCCAUCUGUCUUCGCCCCAGUUCCCCGGGGUCAAGCGGCCAGCCCAGGGUCAGGGUCGUGCUGGGGGCGGGCGGGAGGACAGCCCUGCAGCUGGAAGCACAGGGGCCGAGGGAAUCCCGCGAACCCGCCAGAGCGCGCCGCAGCGGGCGUCCCGGGGCUUUCCCAGCCUCCGGUGCGCGGCAGCCGCGGGCGCUGAGUCCCUCCAGCUCAGUGCAGCCGGGUGGGAGCUGCCGAGCCCACGCCCCGGCCGCGCCCUGGACACCCGGGCGCUGUCCCUAGCUGAGCGCACAGCUCCGGCGCCGCGAGGCCGAGCCCUGGCGUCCCCGGCGGCGCCCUGCCGACUUGCACAGCUCCGUCACCCCACCCCGCCGCCCACCUCGAGAGCCGCUAGCGCCGAGGAGGAGGAGGGGGAGGAGGAGGAGGAAGAGAAGGCGGCGGCCGUUCCAGCCGGCGGGUGCGCGGAGCGCGGGAGGAGGCGGAGCGGGAGGCUGGGGUGGCCGCAGCCGUGUGUGCGCGCCGGGCCGGCGAGCUGCGGGGCGGGGGAGCGGCGCCCCAGAGCGCGCCGCCUCGCCUCCCGCGCGCAGCCUCUGCCCCGCUCCGCCACAGACACACACCCACCAAGCACCCACCGCCCUCCGCCCUCCGCCCUCCGCCCCCGCGGCCACCGCCGCUGCCGCGUCUCGGGCAGCCCCAGAGAGCGGCAACUCCCGGGCUGGCGCGACUCGCUUUCCGGCUCCUUCCGCGCGGCGAGCUCAGCCCCGCUCGAUUUUUCCUUUUCGGCUCCAGCCCUCUCUCGUCUGGGUGGCGGUGGCGGCGGCAGGGGGAUGGGGACCCCGCGUGGGGAAGAGGGUGAAGAUCGACGAAGAUUAUUGUUCUUUUAAAGGAUGCCUUAGCUUCCUCCCGCCGCCUCUCCUCUGAGCCUUCCUACUAGAGACCGGGAACCAGAGUCAGGGAUGUAAAGACUGGGGGAAAGCACGCCAGGAGCUCCAGCCAGCCGGGGAGACCCUCCUCUUUGCGGAGGGGAGGGGGAUUUCCAGCGACAGAUCAUUGGCGAAGGGGAUCGUCGCGGGGAGAGGCUCCCUGGAGGGAGCGGGGAAUCCCGCAGCCCUUUGUGGUGCCCGAGCCCGUGCCGCCUGCUGAGCGGGGUCUGUGGGAGCUAGCUGUGUCAGUGGAAAUGCCUGCCGCAGAGGGAUAUUGCUUCAGCUGACCUCAUUUUUUAAGGACCGUGGCUCUGCGGCUUUGUCCAGUUCAAAAUGGCAGAAAAGGCUCCCCCUGGCUUAAACAGGAAGACUUCGAGGUCGACACUUUCUCUUCCUCCGGAGCCGGUGGACAUUAUCCGGAGCAAAACAUGCUCCAGGAGAGUUAAAAUCAACGUGGGGGGCCUCAACCACGAAGUCCUGUGGAGAACGCUGGACAGGCUGCCCAGGACACGCCUGGGGAAGCUUCGAGACUGCAACACACACGAGAGCCUCCUGGAAGUGUGUGACGACUAUAAUCUGAGUGAGAAUGAGUAUUUCUUUGAUCGCCAUCCGGGCGCCUUCACCUCCAUUUUAAAUUUCUACCGGACAGGGAAGCUCCACAUGAUGGAAGAAAUGUGUGCACUUUCUUUUGGCCAAGAACUGGAUUACUGGGGGAUUGAUGAGAUCUACUUAGAGUCCUGCUGCCAGGCCAGAUAUCAUCAAAAAAAAGAACAAAUGAACGAAGAACUGAGGCGAGAGGCCGAGACUAUGCGAGAGCGAGAAGGAGAAGAGUUUGAUAAUACCUGCUGCCCUGAUAAAAGAAAGAAACUCUGGGACUUGCUGGAGAAGCCGAACUCGUCCGUGGCU